AUGUCUUAUAAACAACAACGCGGUGGAAGAAGAGGUGGCGGAUAUGGAGGAGGCGGUGGCGGUGCAGGUACAGGCCAUUCAAGACAGGUUUUGGUUGGCGGAGGAAGAGGUGGCGGCGGUGGUACCAGACAACCUCGUACACAGGGCAGAGCGUUCCAGGUCGCUCGUCUAGAAGACGUUGGCCCAAAGGUUGUAAUAGAAGGACUACCAGCAACAGUCGACCCUAAAGAUGUCAUGGACUACCUCCGCAGCAGGACAGUUAAACCAGGCAUGGUAUUCAAAGGUCAUGAGUUUAGAAAUAGAAAGCUUUACCUGACUUUGGAAAAGAAUGAUGAUGCACAGACAUUGGCCAACCUGUCAAACUUUAGAUAUGGCGGCGAUCAAGUAACAAUCGCAAGAGAGACACAAGCACCAAUUGGAGGAAGAGUUGAACGACGUCAAACCCAAGAUAUAAAGGGUGGUGGCAAAGGUAUAAAGCCCGGUACCAACCAGUAUCAGUAUGUGCAAAAAUUCGAGCAGCACCUCCAGAAGGAGUACAAGGACGAUAGUCCUCUCCUCAAUCUCUCUUAUCUCUCCGCCACGCUCUCCAUCAACUUCAACGAGUCUGCCACAUUGCGACCACUCUACAAGUUGAUCUCUGAGAAGUGCCCAAAGGUAUAUAGACUCACAACAACAUAA